AUGUUUCAGAGCGCGCUUCCAACCAGGCGACAGUCGCGUCACUGCAAGAACCUCAGUCGCCAGCGUUGCCUUCGAACUUGCAUUGCAAGCGCGGACCCUGAAUCGAGAACAAGACCGCUGCGGGUCGCGAUCGUCGGCGGGGGCUGGGCUGGACUCGGCGCUGCCCAUGCGCUUACGAGCUCUCCACGGAACCGCGAGGCUUUCCACGUGACGCUCAUCGAGAGCCGUGAAUCCAUCGGGGGCCUUGCCGCUGGCUGGGUUCAGCGUGAAAACAGGCCGGUAGAGGUUGGCGUCCACGGUUUCUGGAAGCCUUAUGUAAAUAUCUUCGACCUGGUCUAUCGUCAGUUGAGGCUAGCAGGAGACGCAGACCCUUUCACGCGAUUCACCCGUAGCGCCCAGUACUCGCCAGCCGGUUUGGAAGCAGAGUCGCCGCUCUUUAGCGAGCUGCCACGACUACCGAGCCCACUCGGCACCAUGAUAUAUCCGCGCUUCUAUCGCUUGCCGUGGAUGGAUCGACUUUCAGCGUUCGCGCUCUUCGACGCCGUGGCAGACUUUGACAACUCGCCAGAAGCAUGGAGAAAAUAUGACCAGAUGACGGCACGAGAGCUUUUCACCCGCUACGGCUGUAGUGAACGUCUCAUCACAAACGCGUUCGAACCGAUGCUACUGGUAGGCUUGUUUGCGCCGAGUGAGCUGUGCUCUGCGAGCGGUGCGCUGGGUAUGCUCUAUUAUUUCAUUCUCGCGCACCAAAGUGACUUUGACGUGAAAUGGGUCCGUGGCACCACAGCAGAGCGCGUAUUCGAACCCUGGCUACAAGUCAUGACGCAACAGCGCGGCCUCGACCUGCGCCUAGGCACCCGCGUAGUCGACGUUGAUCUGCAUCCAACCAGAGGCCAUGUUGACGCUCUCAUGCUGCAGGACGGGGGCAAUAGUCCAGAACGCCUGCCCGUUGAUGCCGUCAUCUUCGCAGUGGGUAUCUCCGGGGCCCAGGCGCUCGUACGGCAGUCGGCAGCGCUCGCGAAACACUCGAGUCAGUUUCGCCGCUUCAUGCAUUUGGGAAGUGUAGAUGUUCUUGCAGUACGCUUGUACUAUGAUCGCCGAAUGCGUCUCCACCGUCCGAGUAAUGCAUUUUUCGGCUUUGAUGCUGAUAUCGGUGGCACCUUUUUCGAUCUGAAUGCGCUUCACGAUGAGUCAUUUGGUGAUGCACCUGGUGAGGUCAUUGAAAUGGAUUUGUACGGCGCAUCGUCGCUCUUGGUCUGGGAUAAUGACUCGAUUGUGGAGCACUGUGACCGGAUUCUGCGCAAGUGCAUUGCUUCUGCCAUGAACGAAGCUCGCGUCAUAGACUCGACUGUGGUUCGUGCACCCAGAGCUGUGACGCACUUUCGGCCGGGCUCUUACAGACACUUUCCACAAGUUCGCGCCACGGAUGCAGGCCUUCAAAAUAAUGUCUACUUUGCGGGCGACUGGAUCGAUACCAGGCACGGUUCAUUUUCGCAGGAGAAGGCCUAUGUGACGGGUCUUGAGGCGGCAAACGCACUGAUUGUGGAUCGUGCUCGAGGCCAGCCAUUUCCGGUGCUUCCGGUGGAACCAGAUGAACCGCACGUGGUGCUGGCGCGUCGUAUGCGGCGGCUCAGAGAAAUGCUUUGA